AUAAUCAGAGUCCAAAGUUUACCACUUCAACUGUUUUGCACGCUUUCCUUGGUAAAGAACUGCGCGUUCAACUUAAAGCGAUAGACCCAGAGAAUAGACCAAUACGCUAUACCUUUGAUAGUACACUUGAUGCUUCGUUGACAGAAAGAGGAUUAUUCACUUGCACUAAAAACACCAAUGAUUCAACCAUUGUUAUAUUUAAUGUGACAGACGAAUGUGGAGCAUACUCUGUUUUACACGCUUCGGUUGUUAUAAAAGAAUGUCCAUGUCAAAAUUCAGGAGAAUGUCAUCCUGAUUAUCGCUAUCUAAAUGGAGCAGGAAACUUCACAUGUUCAUGUCCUGCAGGAUAUACGGGUACCUUGUGUGAGCUUGAUGUGAAUGAGUGUGCAGUGUCUAAACCUUGUUUUAAUGGAAAUUGUAAUAAUGAACAACCUGGGUUCUCUUGCUCUUGUUAUGUUGGAUAUACUGGUGAUCUUUGUCAAACUGAGGUGAUCGUUUGAAUCAAUGUCAUGAAAAUAUCAAUAGAUAGAUUUAGAAACCACGACGCGACAUCUAAGGCGACGUGAUAAUGACGUAUGCACCUCGCGUUCACUUCCGGGUUUUAAUCUGAAACGGCAUGUUUGUCUUUUUUGAAGCAAAUUUUUGUUUUCUUGUUUCCUGCGUCAUUCCUGUAUUUUUUCAAUCAGUUGUAAAGAUAUGUGCACGAAAAAGCCAUACUGGCCAAGUGUUUCCUGAUGGAUUUGUAUGAACAUUCAAUAAGUUUCUUUUUAAAAAAAGCCGUAUAUUUCGGUAUUGUUGCAUCAUUUAGAAUGAAUACAAAAGCUGCAGGUAUUGUUUACGAGCUAAAUGCUUUAGUGUGUAGCCGAUUCAGUCAAUUUUGUCAACUGUUCAGUAUAAAUAUUGCAUGGGUGUUUAUAUUGGUAAAAUUUAAUACUGCUUAUACGAUAGUUUUUCACGCUAGAAAGCGUUUUUUUUUUACUCGUCCUACUUUUUUGCACUAUUGUGACAGAGCAACUAAAAUUGAUUGAGUUUUUACUGUUUUAAGUGUUUUUAUUCUCCUAUCUUCGCAAGUUUUCCUGAUUUUAAACACUUAUUAAUAUAACUUCAGUUAUAAAAUGUUCGUUUGGUGAAAAAUACUAGCGGUAUUGACAGAAGUGGUUAUUUAAAAAAACAAUACUUGCAGUUUUGUUGAUUUGUGACGACGACGAAAGUAUUUGUCGAAAAUCAACACGUCCAAAAUUUAGCGAAAUACAAUUAGAAAAGCAACCUUGUCAAUAAAAAAUAUUUAACUAGAGUCGUUAUUAAACAAUACAUGGGGAACAAAAUAGAAUGACAUUUGUGAUGCAAACUCUCAUAGUUUUUUGAAAAGAAGUGUAAAUAUGUGACGUUCUACAGUGUGUAUCAAAAUAAUUCGAAUCCAAAUUUGGCGUGUAAUAACGCAGAAUAUAUUUGACAAAUUCGGUUGGUUUUUACACCAUUGUUAAGUUCAUUUAUUUACCUUUCAAAUGACAUGCUGUACGCGUCAUUUAGUUGGAAAAUGAAGGAGUAUUGCUUUGACAAAAAAGUCCAUAAAAAUCACAAUUUUCCGCCGAUGGGAAUUGGACAUUUUUUCUUUCAAAGUUAGUCCCACAAGGCUUUGAAAUGCUAAUCAUCACUGAAAACUAAAAUGCAAAUUUAACGCGAAUUUCUUCUCGUUCAACAUGUUGAAGGCAUAGGAGCUUAAAUCUCUUUAAAUGAACACGAAUUUAUGUAAAUGUUGCUACAUAACAGUUUGUUGAUUAAUUAAAUUUGCAUUAUCUUUUGUUUGUACGUCUCACUUCGAAUUCCCAUCGGCGGAAAAAUUUGAUUUCGAGCAACCAGUUUUAACACACGAUUUCUUGGUCAUUUUUGAUCUUAUUGAUAUAAGAACGAUAUAAUCGGAAACCUAAUAGGCUAUUCUUUAUUGCCAUAUAAAAAUUAUAUGGUUUACUUUAGUAUUUUAUAAACAGCAGUCUGUCAACUUUGGAUUCGAAUUAUUUUGAUACACACUGUAGAGAGGACGUGAAAAUUGCAUUUUCGCGUCGUGAAAUCGUCCAAUACGACGUCGCAAACAGGUCGCAAACCAGAAGCUGACGACAAUUGGCGCCAAAUGACGACACCCGCGUCGUCUUUGAGCUCGCGUCGUCUUUUUUAAUUCUGUCUAUUAAACAUAGGAGCGAAUUACGCGAGGCGCGUUGAAUAUUCAUUAUUUUCUCAAAAAUUAUGGAUGAAAAUGUUCCAGCGAUGAUAAGUUUGUUAGUAUUUAGGACAAGGAAGAACAUUCUGAUGUUAAAGAAGCGAUUGAUCCAAUUUUGAAGACAAUGGAGCUCUUCGAAGACUGCCGAUGAGUUCAAACUCAAGUUGUCUGAAGCGAAAAAAUCAAUUAUGGCUGCCAAAGACGCCUUGUUUCUACCUUCGUGCUGGACAUAAAUUUGCCAAUAGACCCAUUGCAUUGACGUCACAAAUCCUUAGAGUGUCCUCCAGAUGCUCCCUAAUAAUAUCUGUUCGGGUACAACAACCACAUACAGCGCAAAAAUUAACCAUUUUAAUACAAAAUUAUUAUAAAGUUCUACAAAAUGUGCUUUGUUUACAGAAGUUAGCUAUAUUAUGCAUAGAUUGUUAAUUUGUCCUCCAGAUGCAUCGUCACCGGCGCAGUGUGACAUCAUGUGCAAUGGGUCUAUACAUUCCCGACUCCACAUGAUGUUUAAGAAAUGUUUGGCAGUCCAAACGUGGUGUGAUUAUGUUUUAAACUUUUUCGUGCAUAAAAAUAUUUUUAAAAAUUAAGCAAACCCAAUGGCCAUUGACUAGCUAAAUAAAUUUUAAUCUAAUUAAUUGUUGGACAAGGUUAACUAUUCAUGAAAGUGAGUUUGAACAUUUUGAAACGAAAAUUUCUAUUUUAAAACAAUACAUGUAAAAUAGUUACUUUUCUAUAAACAUCCCUCAGAACAUUUAUUUUUAGCUGAUUAAAAAUGAAAAUGAUAGAAUGAUGGUAAUAAUAAAAUUGAAUCGCGUGCCACUUGGUCUUGCAUAUGCAAGAUUUAUAUAAAUCUUUAUAAUGGCCAAAAACGUAAAAUCUCUCAGCAAAUUUUGGCAUUUGGCAGAAAUCGGUAAUCAUUCUUUGAUGACAUCAACAAUUUGAUUAUCUCAAUGUUAGGAUUGAUAAUGCUGUUGAAACUAUACUAUCAAUUUCCCUCAUUGCAAUAAAGCUGUAUCACAUCUCCUAUAACUUGCUAAAAGAUGGAUAUGGGACACAUUGCCAUGUCCCUUCUGAACUGGUCUGAAUAUUUUCAGAAACAAUCUUAAUUUUGAACGGAAAGUAUUUUACAAUUCUUUUUGGUAUAGCUUCUUGAACAUUUCUAUUCUAUUUAAGAUUGAUGAUUGUGCAUCCAACCCGUGUUUCCUUGGUGUCCACUGUACCGAUAUGGUCGCCUCAUUCAGUUGUGGACCAUGCCCACUAGGUUAUACUGCUAAUGGAGAGACUUGUACCAGAAUAGAUGGAGGUAUGUACUAUAUAUUUUAAAUUUAUAAACCAAACAAAUAAUAAUGGCACGGUGUUUGGACCACAUGAUGAAUUAGCCCAAAAGCCAAACAGAGCAUGCUAUUUUGGUUGCAUGUAUACCCUUUUAAACCCCCCAAAACAGUCAACUACCGUGAACCAUGAACGUUAUUAGAUGCUAACAAGACGCCUGCUCAGCUCAAGCGUUCACACUAGCCUCGCGUUUGUUAAAAUAGCAUCGCAAUAUUCUAAACAAAAAUUUGAAACAUGUAGAUGUUCUUCACUUCUUGACGGCCGUCACUUCAUGAUCACAAACAUUUAGAGGACGGCACAAUAGAGUCCAUAGUCCACGGCACAAUAAGAGUCAAUAAAUUCAAGCGCAUGCGCAAUGAAAUACAAUAAAAUACGUCCCACAAUUACGGCGUCUAAGAUUUGUAACGUACAGUAGUUAAAUACGAAAUUCGUUCUAAUUAACAUUGUGUAGAAUUGGUUCUAAUCAUCGUGAGCAUGUUUUAGCUAAAUUGCGCAAUCCUGAGUCCACGAUGCCGCAAUGGAAAGUCACACUUGCGACAACCAAAAAAACCCCAAAAAGACAGCAUUUUCAGCAAGGGCAUUCUAUGACACUGGCUGCGGGCCAGUGUCAUUAGGGGGAUCUGUUUUAAAAUGUUUUAUGCCAAUUAAAACAUUAAAAGUAAACGUAGUUAAGGUAGUUAAAUAAGGUACAGUAUAUAAUAAAAAAACUAAGAUGCAAUAAAAGGCAUUGUUAUAUAGUUAGUGUCAAAGUUCAAUUUUUCUGUUUGCCGAUUGGUCAAAACCGUGUCACGUGCCUGUUCACAAAACGUCAUGUUCGGCAACCGGUUCGCAAUGAAACAUUUAUUGACCGGUCAAUAAUAAAAUGGGUGCAAUACGCAUGCGUGUCAACCAUGAAGUUCCAAAGUUCAUUUUUAAAACUUUUUACUAAACAUUUACGGCGUUCCAUUUAUGGUUUCAAAUUAAAUCCACUCCAAUAACCGGUGAAUUAUUCAUACUUUGACACUUAUAUACUAUAUAACAAAACACUUAUUUACUGAAACCUCGGGAAAGCAGUGUGUUUUGUGGCCCCUCGACCGCCGUUGUUGUCCUCGGCUUCGCCUAGGGCAACAACGGCGGUCUCGGGUCCACAAAACACACUUUUCCCUCAGUCUCAGUAAAUAAGUGAUACAUGUACAACUAACAGAAUACACUGAAAAAGAGGGUUUAUAUCCCCAUGGCAACAUAUUACAAAUAAAAGGCCUUAUACUUAAUUACUCCACUACACAGAAAGAUAAUCCUGAUAUUGUAAGUAAUUGGUACAAUAUGACUUCGACAUGUUUAAAAUUUUCAUGUAAGUGUAUUAAUCAAUACAUGUAUAUUUAAAUUUCUUAGAAGAGGAUGAAUGUCUGACAAAACCUCAAGUAUGUCACACUAACGCGAAAUGUGUGUACAAUAAUGGAUCUUACGUGUGCCAGUGUACAGACGGAUACACAGGAGAUGGCAAAAGCAAUUGCACUGGUAUGCUACCUGCUGCAUGUUUCAGCUUUUAAUCAGAUAGCGUAAGCAGUAUGAACCUUCAAACAAAAAUUUCCAGAAAGAACAUAUAUCUUAAGUAAUUCAUAACGAUUUAAAAGACAAAACUACUGCAAAUAGAAUUAAAAAUAAACGAAAAGAGAGAGUUCCAACCACAGGUGGAACCAAAAAACCCCAUAGAUAUAUCAAGACACCAUAGACCGGAUUGUCAAAACGUCGAGUCAUGAAUGUAAUUCGACCAGAAUUUACAUUUGGAUUUUCUUAAUUAACUAACCGACUUGUUGACGAAAAUUACAUAUCUGGUCAAGGCCGGCGAGAGGGGAGCAGAGGGGGUAAAAUACCCGGAGUGCUCAGAGGGGCCCGGAAAUCGUCGUGAUCGAUCGUAAAACGUACCAAAUGUGAAAUAGACGAUUUUUCGAUCUUCUCUCAGCAAAAACAGUUAGCUGAAAAUCGUUCACAUUGCGUUUUUAUCAGUUAUGAGGCGAUUUCUUGCAAGUAAUUCGCUGGAAAUUCUCUCGUUGAUUGCGAUUAAAAAUAGGCUUUGGCGCAUGGGGCCCGUGUUCACCAAUUUCUCAUUUUGUCCCGGGGCCCGUGGUUGGCUCUCGCCGGCCUUGUAUCUGGUUCCCGCGAACAAAUAAACUUCAAGUGAUUCUAAUUGUUUUUGUUAUUUAAAAUACUUUUGAAAUGAAAAACAUAUAUUUAGAUGUGGAUGAAUGCAUACAAACUCCUGAUAUUUGCCAUCAAAAUGCCAAUUGUACCAAUACCGAAGGAAGUUAUUCCUGCCAAUGUUUGAAAGGUUAUACUACUGGUGAUGGUAAACUUAACUGUUCAGGUAUUACAAAGUUAUAGGUUUACUACGAAGGUGGAAUUGGUGAAAUCCCUAGCUGUAUUUUCUAAUUUUCUGUUUACAUGUUCUUCUAUACAGAUAUUGACGAGUGCACUUCUCCCAACGUGUGCAUUCAAAACAGCCAAUGCUCAAACACUGUAGGAUCUUAUGUAUGUCAAUGUGCUGUCGGGUACUCGGGUGAUGGUUACAGCAACUGUACAGGUGAGGGUACUGACAUAUGUAAGACGAUAAUGCUUGUCGCCUUUGACAAGGCAUGCAUGGUCAGGAACUUUGCCGAUAUUUAGCAUGCAGUUGAAUUCAUUGAGGCAGCCACUAGCUAAUAUCAAGCACAGACUGAAGGUGUUUAAUUUUAAAAUGGGUUAUGAAUGAUCCAAUGUACAAUACAGAUUUUAAUACUUUUCAGUGUAAUAUUUCAUCACAAAAAUAAUAAGCACAAAAAGGAUAUUGUAUAAAUUUCUAAAUUUGUUCGUGUUUCUUGCUAAUCAAUUCCUUAAAGUUAUCAGAUCUAACAGUUUUCAGAAUGAAGCUGAAAUAAUCUAACAACAUAACCUCGAAAUCCGAAUUACCUCUUACUUGUAGUAUUACUCUUGUACUGUACAUGAUAAACUUGAAAGUAGCCUAAAAUACAUUGUAUAGGGCUCAGAAAUGAAAUCAUGGAUUAACCGAUUUAUUUUUUGCCCAUUUUUGCUAGAUAUAAAUGAGUGUAGUAGUAAUGUGCCACCAGUUUGCUAUGAAAAUGCAACAUGUUCAAAUUCUGAAGGAUCAUAUUCUUGUCAGUGUGAAAAUGGAUAUUCUGGAGAUGGGAAAAGAAAUUGCACAGGUAUAUUUAAGUUUAAAAUAAAAUUGUUGAGCACAAAAGCCUGUAAAAUCCCAGCUUUUCAAGAAACAUUUUCAAUUCUCGUUAUGACAAUUAUCUUUUAAGAAGAAUUAACAGAAUAGGGUGAUAUCAUUCACUCUCUCAAAAUGCAGAUAUUGUUUUCCGAAACUGAUUCCAACCGUAUCUGCUUGGUCAGUUGUAUUUUUUCCCUUAGAUAUGCAAAGCAACCAUAAAAAUUCAUUAUAUAAACUCAUUAUAUUACAAAAAAAUAUAAUGCAUUAUAUUCACUAUAGCUAUACCAUUUAUAUAAGCAAAAGUGUGUUUUUUUACUUUCGCUUUUAUAAACUCAUUGGAACUUGUUGUGCCUCUGGGUAAACUUUUGCACUGGUUUUUGGUUUCAAAAGAUCUUUAGCGCUCUUUUUUUAACUUGUUAUUUAUUCAUUUAUGUUGGCAAAUGACAAUUGCAUAAGCAAGAGUUCAUGAUGGGAUUGGAAGCCAUUUUGUUAAAACGAUUCAGCAGGCACCUUAAUUGCGAUUACUUUGACUUUGCCAUUGAUUUACGGCAAAUAAUUAUCAAACUUUCGCCAAAAAUAUUAAAAGUAAUUUGAAUGGUCAGAACACUAUAUUAAUUUCUUUGCAAAAACUUUUUUCUGUAGACAUUGACGAAUGUUUAACUAUACCUAACAUCUGCCAUCAGUUUGCCAUCUGUAGCAAUGUUCCAGGAUCAUAUUUCUGUCAUUGUAGAACCGGAUUUUCUGGAAAUGGAAAGCUAAACUGUGAUGGUAAAAUUUCAUUUAAUGCUUAAUUUAUAUAUAGAUCAUUUCAUUUUCUUCUUUUCGAAAGGCAAAGCAGACGCACCAGACAAAAUUGAAAUUGCAAGCAAACCUCUGAGUAUAAUAAGCCUUUCUAUAUAUAAUUUCCACGCGGUUUUCCCACUGGCCUGGUACCAAUUUACAGUCAAACUACCAACAGGCCCUUACUAAUACGGGUCCUCCCUAGCUUUCUAAUACAUGAAUUGCAUGAAAAGCUUUCAAACCCCAUGCAUCUUUGAGUUAACGACAGCUGCAACUGUUUUUUUAAUCAGUUCUUGCAGUUUAUAAUGCAAGGUGUAGUGUUGCUACACGCCUUAAUGCAAGGUGUAGUGUUACUACAUGCCUUGCAAAUCGUAGCUGCUUUCGUUGUCCUGUUAAUUCAGCUUUAUACAUAUCGAGAGCAGAUUGUAUCAUUUAACAUAUUUUCUGUAUGCUUAUAAGACAUCAACGAGUGCCAAAAAUCUCCUUCGGUCUGUCAUUCCCUGGCAAAAUGUUCGAACACUGAGGGAUCAUAUUCUUGUCAAUGUGAAUCUGGAUACACUGGAGUUGGCACUGUAAAUUGUUCAGGUAAACAUAACCACUAUAUCUCUUCAUAUAAUGCACCUAUCAUUGACAUUUUAAUCUUAAUUAGGUAGCCCAAAAUCGGAAAUUUCACCAAUUUUAAAAGGUUUUGCUAAUCUUUUUGAAGGGUCAUUACUUUACUUAUUUUCUUUAUUGCUAGUGUUUAACUGCCGGUAAAAGCGACGCACGCCUUUUUUAAUAAGAAAAGGUUUCAUUUUCUUAACCCAAUCCACAGUGGGCUUUUUUUUUUAUUUUCCAGGACUGGGGGGAGGGGGAUGGAGGAGCGGCAAGUGCCCGCGGUCAAUAUCUCCUGAACGGCCAAAUCAUUUGAUGUACUCCGACGAAACUUUUGCAGGAAAUUACUUUUGCCUUAUAGUAGUAUUUCCUCUACAUGAUAUAAAAUUGAAUUCUUUAACUUCAUUAAUUAAGUAUACACACAUGAGUAACAUGUAGUGAAUAACAAUAUAUAAACUAGGCCCGCAUUCCCAGUGACCAUGGAUUGACCGACUCCUGUUUUGCCAACUUUUCUAGAUGUAAACGAGUGUAAUAAUACGCCACCAGUUUGCCAUAAAAAUGCAACAUGUUCAAAUUCUGAAGGAUCGUAUUCUUGUCAGUGUCAAAAUGGAUAUUUUGGAGAUGGGAAAAUAAAUUGCACAGGUAUGACAGUUAAUCAAGUUUAAAAUAAAAUUAUUGAGCACAAAAGCCUAUACAACCCUAGCUUUUCAAUUCAAGAAAAAUUUUUAAUUCUUGUUCAUGAAAAUUAACUUUUGAGCAGUAUUAGUAGAAUAGGGUAAUUUACCGAAACUUUUUUCAAACCUAUCUGAUUGGUUAGUUGUAUUUUUCCUUGGAAACGAUACAACGCGUACGAUAGCAACCAUGAAAUGACCUUUUAUAAAUUUAUGACCUUUUAUAAAUUCAUUGGAACUUUUUGAGACUAGUAUGGCAAAGGCAAAGUGAUUAUCUGUUAAUCGCAAUUAGGGCGCUUGCUGAAUCGUUUUAACAAAAUGGCUUCUAAUCCCAUGCAUCAAACAUAGCAGUUUGAAAGGUUAUACAACUGGUGAUGGUAAACUUAACUGUUCAGGUAUUACAAAGUUAUAGGUUUACUACGAAGGUGGAAUUGGUGAAAUCCCUAGCUGUAUUUUCUAAUUUUCUGUUUACAUGUUGUUCUUCUAUACAGAUAUUGACGAGUGCAUUUCUCCCAACGUGUGCAUUCAAAACAGCCAAUGCUCAAACACUGUAGGAUCUUAUGUAUGUCAAUGUGCUGUGGGGUACUCGGGUGAUGGUUACAGCAACUGUACAGGUAUGCUAACACAUGUAAGAGGUUAAUGCUUGUCGCCUUUGACAAGGCAUGCAUGGUCAGGAACUUUGCCGAUAUUUAGCAUGCAGUUGAAUUCACUGAGGCAGCCACUAGCUAAUAUCUAGCACAGACUGAAGGUGUUUAAUUUUAAAAUGGGUUAUGAAUGAUCCAAUGUACAAUACAGAUUUUAAUACUUUUCAGUGUAAUAUUUCAUCACAAAAAUAAUAAGCACAAAAAGGAUAUUGUAUAAAUUUCUAAAUUUGUUCGUGUUUCUUGCUAAUCAAUUCCUUAACGUUAGAUCUAACAGUUUCCAGAAUGAAGCUGAAAUAAUCUAACAACAUAACCUCGAAAUCCGAAUUACCUAUUACUUGUAGUAUUACUCUUGUACUGUACAUGAUAAACUUGAAAGUAGCCUAAAAUACAUUGUAUAGGGCUCAGAAAUGAAAUCAUGGAUUAACCGAUUUAUUUUUUGCCCAUUUUUGCUAGAUAUAAAUGAGUGUAGUAGUAAUGUGCCACCAGUUUGCUAUGAAAAUGCAACAUGUUCAAAUUCUGAAGGAUCAUAUUCUUGUCAGUGUGAAAAUGGAUAUUCUGGAGAUGGGAAAAGAAAUUGCACAGGUAUAUUUAAGUUUAAAAUAAAAUUGUUGAGCACAAAAGCCUGUAAAAUCCCAGCUUUUCAAGAAACAUUUUCAAUUCUCGUUAUGACAAUUAUCUUUUAAGAAGAAUUAACAGAAUAGGGUGAUAUCAUUCACUCUCUCAAAAUGCAGAUAUUGUUUUCCGAAACUGAUUCCAACCGUAUCUGCUUGGUCAGUUGUAUUUUUUCCCUUAGAUAUGCAAAGCAACCAUAAAAAUUCAUUAUAUAAACUCAUUAUAUUACAAAAAAAUAUAAUGCAUUAUAUUCACUAUAGCUAUACCAUUUAUAUAAGCAAAAGUGUGUUUUUUUACUUUCGCUUUUAUAAACUCAUUGGAACUUGUUGUGCCUCUGGGUAAACUUUUGCACUGGUUUUUGGUUUCAAAAGAUCUUUAGCGCUCUUUUUUUAACUUGUUAUUUAUUCAUUUAUGUUGGCAAAUGACAAUUGCAUAAGCAAGAGUUCAUGAUGGGAUUGGAAGCCAUUUUGUUAAAACGAUUCAGCAGGCACCUUAAUUGCGAUUACUUUGACUUUGCCAUUGAUUUACGGCAAAUAAUUAUCAAACUUUCGCCAAAAAUAUUAAAAGUAAUUUGAAUGGUCAGAACACUAUAUUAAUUUCUUUGCAAAAACUUUUUUCUGUAGACAUUGACGAAUGUUUAACUAUACCUAACAUCUGCCAUCAGUUUGCCAUCUGUAGCAAUGUUCCAGGAUCAUAUUUCUGUCAUUGUAGAACCGGAUUUUCUGGAAAUGGAAAGCUAAACUGUGAUGGUAAAAUUUCAUUUAAUGCUUAAUUUAUAUAUAGAUCAUUUCAUUUUCUUCUUUUCGAAAGGCAAAGCAGACGCACCAGACAAAAUUGAAAUUGCAAGCAAACCUCUGAGUAUAAUAAGCCUUUCUAUAUAUAAUUUCCACGCGGUUUUCCCACUGGCCUGGUACCAAUUUACAGUCAAACUACCAACAGGCCCUUACUAAUACGGGUCCUCCCUAGCUUUCUAAUACAUGAAUUGCAUGAAAAGCUUUCAAACCCCAUGCAUCUUUGAGUUAACGACAGCUGCAACUGUUUUUUUAAUCAGUUCUUGCAGUUUAUAAUGCAAGGUGUAGUGUUGCUACACGCCUUAAUGCAAGGUGUAGUGUUACUACAUGCCUUGCAAAUCGUAGCUGCUUUCGUUGUCCUGUUAAUUCAGCUUUAUACAUAUCGAGAGCAGAUUGUAUCAUUUAACAUAUUUUCUGUAUGCUUAAGACAUCAACGAGUGCCAAAAAUCUCCUUCGGUCUGUCAUUCCCUGGCAAAAUGUUCGAACACUGAGGGAUCAUAUUCUUGUCAAUGUGAAUCUGGAUACACUGGAGUUGGCACUGUAAAUUGUUCAGGUAAACAUAACCACUAUAUCUCUUCAUAUAAUGCACCUAUCAUUGACAUUUUAAUCUUAAUUAGGUAGCCCAAAAUCGGAAAUUUCACCAAUUUUAAAAGGUUUUGCUAAUCUUUUUGAAGGGUCAUUACUUUACUUAUUUUCUUUAUUGCUAGUGUUUAACUGCCGGUAAAAGCGACGCACGCCUUUUUUAAUAAGAAAAGGUUUCAUUUUCUUAACCCAAUCCACAGUGGGCUUUUUUUUUUAUUUUCCAGGACUGGGGGGAGGGGGAUGGAGGAGCGGCAAGUGCCCGCGGUCAAUAUCUCCUGAACGGCCAAAUCAUUUGAUGUACUCCGACGAAACUUUUGCAGGAAAUUACUUUUGCCUUAUAGUAGUAUUUCCUCUACAUGAUAUAAAAUUGAAUUCUUUAACUUCAUUAAUUAAGUAUACACACAUGAGUAACAUGUAGUGAAUAACAUGUAGUGAAUAACAAUAUAUAAACUAAGCCCGCAUUCCCAGUGACUAUGGAUUGACCGACUCCUGUUUUGCCAACUUUUCUAGAUGUAAACGAGUGUAAUAAUACGCCACCAGUUUGCCAUAAAAAUGCAACAUGUUCAAAUUCUGAAGGAUCGUAUUCUUGUCAGUGUCAAAAUGGAUAUUUUGGAGAUGGGAAAAUAAAUUGCACAGGUAUGACAGUUAAUCAAGUUUAAAAUAAAAUUAUUG